AUGUUGCAGUGGAUUCUCCUUGAUGUUUUAAACUUUAUUUAUUUGGUCAAUGCUUGGCCUCUCCCACAAGGCAAUGCGCGGCGACACAAGAUGGCGGCGCCCUGUGUGCGCGUGUGUCGGCAGUUGGUUGGGAGAAGCGGGACAUCGGCAUCGGCGGCUGCAGCUGCCACCGGGCGGUUGGAGAGAGGCAGCAACGGCAACGGCAACAAUAACACCAAGGCCAAGGCGCACCGGUAUUAUUCCACGAGUCCUUUACUCUGCCAGUGUGUUGCGUUGAAACAGACAGAUUCUGCAGAAGAAAUUGUCAUUCCAAGAAAGAAAACUUGGGACAAGCUAGCAGUCCUUCAUGCUCUUGCAGCUACAGUGAACAGAGACCCCACAUCCGCACAUUACAGGUUUCAAGAUGACCCGUACCUUAUACCCAGGACAUCACCCGAGUUUCGUCUCUACUCCCUAUCACAGGAGUCUGGGUGUUAUGCGGCCAAGUACAUCGUUAACACUUAUCCCAAGUUUUUCCAGAAGGAUUUUGCUGAACCGUCUAUACCAUGUUUAAUGCCACAACAGUUGGAGCCCCUGUUAACUGAAGUGACGGAGGAAGCCCUAAAAGAAUGCAUUCAGCUCAGGAGAGUGAAGGAUUCUGUUGAUCUGUACGACCAACUCGUGCAAGCAGGGACUCCAGUGUCUCUUGAAACCACAAACACCUUGUUGGAUCUGCUCUGUGUUUACGGAGAUCAGGAGCCACCAAGAGAAAAUCAGCUUGAGGCAGGAGCAGCUGAAGAUCAGAAUGAGGUGAAUGAAGACCCACAGAGGAGACGAAGGGGGCGAUUACGCAAAGCUACGGAUUUGCUGACUGUCACCUGGAGGGUAAAUAAUAAUGCAGAGAGGAUAUUCAAUCUGAUGCCCGAAAGGAAUGAACAUACUUACUGUGCAAUGAUUCGAGGAAUGGUUAAGUAUGCUGCUUAUACAAAAGCCGUCAACGUGUACACUGAUCUGUUAAACAAUCGAAUGAGAGCGGAUGUUCAUGCCUUUAAUGCACUAAUCUCAGCUGUCCCGGAGCUUAAGGAAGCGUAUAAUGAGAAAAUUGAUUAUAUUCUGGAGCUGCUGAAACAAAUGGCAGAACAGAAAGUACAACCAAACCUGUUAACAUUUAAUUCUGCAUUGAAGAGCCUCCGAAGGUGCGGUUCAAAUGCCAAAGGCCUUUCCCUGCAGAUAAUAAAUGAAAUGAAAUUCCUAAAUAUUGAACCAAGUUUGGCCACCUUUGAUCAUUUACUUGGUAUUUUCUAUAAACCUGCUGCAUCGAGCCAGCUGCCCGUUGAUGUUAUCUUCAGUUUGCUUGAUGAGAUCGAAGGGAAGCUCUUUGAGCCCAAAGAUCCUGAUGAUGUAAACUUCUUUAUCAGUGCUAUGAAAGUGUGCAUGGAUUUGAAAGACCUUGAACUGGCUUACAGAAUUCACAACGUGCUUGAAACUGGAGACAACUGGAAAUUAUUGGGUGAUUCUUAUCAGCGGAGUAUUUAUUAUGGGAGGUUCUUCAACAUUGUGUGUAUGAUGGAGAGCAUCGAUGUAGUUCUCAAGUGGUACAAGAACCUCAUUCCAUCGGUUUACUAUCCCAAUGUGCAAGGUGUGAGGGAUCUGCUGCAGGCUUUGGACACUGAAAACCAGCUACAGCUGGUUCCAAGCAUCUGGAAAGACAUUAAGCGGCUUGGUCAUGGUAACAAGCAGGACCUUGUGGAGGAGGUGCUGGAGCUAAUGAGUCGGGACAAACACAGUCCAGAGUUGCAAGUAGCCUUUGCCGACACAGCUGUGGACAUCAUGUCUCACUAUAAGCAGACCCAGCAACGUAACCUGCAAUGGACAGCUACAUCUUUGGGCAAUGUCACCGCUCUGAUUCUGAGAGGAGGGAAGACUCGAGAUGCGUGGGAGAUGCUGCCACUUUUUAAAGCAAAUAACAGAGUUCCAAGCAAAGGCCUACUGGAUGAGUUCCUGAACCAUGCGAAGGAAAGCAGCAACAAGGCUUUGGCUCUGGACUUGGUGAAACUUGCUGCUUCCUUCAGCCUACCUGCAAUAGCAGAGUUCUUGGACAGGGUGACCACUGACUUCGACCUGACUGAAGAAGAACGGAGGUCCCUGGAUGACCUGGAUGCCAGCAGUAGUAGUGGUAGCAGCAGCAGCAGCAGUGACAGUGAUAGUGAUCGCGAAUAACUUUGUUGUCUUGGAUCCAGCAUGCCGUGUCCUAAAUCCACGAUGGGCGACUGAGGAGAGGCCUUGUAUUUAUUGUUGCUUCAAGUGUGCUACAGAACAGCAUGUGGAACAUGACUGACUUGCACAGGUGUGGAUGCAUGAAGAAAAAAUAAACUGAAAAACUGCAAAUGAUUUACAUUUUAAGGAUGUGUGGAAUGGUAAUAAGCAAUAUGACAUGAAGACACACAUUUGCACCUACAGUUCAAGGAAGGAUGCUGUGGAUGACCUUUCCUUGGUUGCAAGAUGUAAAUUCAAAGGUCUAUGUUAAAUAUUGGCAUCCGUCUGGCCAAAUUAAUUAGUAAUUAGGUGCCAUGGGGAGAAGGCAGGAGAAUGGGGUUGAAAGAGAAAGAUAGAUCAGCCAUGAUUGAAUGGUGGAAUAGACUUGAAGGGGCGAAUGGCCUAAUUCUGCUCCUAAACAUUUAUUUGGCCCAUCGAGCCUGCCGUUCAAUCAUAGCUGAUCUCUACCACCUAAUCCCAUUUUCCUGCCUUCUCCCCAUAACCCUUGACACCCGAUCUAUUGAACGUGACUUUCUCUGCCUUAACAAUAUCCACUAACGGCGGCUUCAGUGAGUUCCACAGAUUAACUAUACUCUGAGUAAAGAAGUUCCUCACCUUUUUUUAAAAAAAAAGCAGCCUUUAAUUCUGAGGCUAUGACCUCU